GAAAUAGCUUCAAAUUCAUACAUAAGCAAUAGAUCUGAUGUAUAAUAAGAGUAAAUUCUAAAGAAUCUAAAUAACUUUAUCAUUCUUAUAAGCUUCGAUAUUGUGUUACAUUAUUUUUUACAAUUAUAAUACACUGAAAUGGAAUGAUGGGAAUUUGAAGAAUCAGAGGGAGAUUUUUUACGAAAGACAUUCUACAUACGCAGACAUUACUUAACACGUGAUUCCAGGAAUUAACUAACGCGUUCUCUGAAGAAAAAAAUUAAUGAUCUCCACGCAGUGCAGCAACGAAUAUUUUAUUUGCAGAAAAAACAAUGGACAAACGUACGGUGGACAAUUUCUGUUGCGGCAAGGAAAAGGAAAUUGUGAACCAACGUAUAAAAAAUAUGUUUCAAUGAAAUAACAACGGACGGGGUUGCCGUCGAAUAAACAAUUCUAUUCGCUGCCGUUUCUGCAGCAGCGGCGGAGCAACGCUUUGUAUUUUUCCCCCGGUUAUAAAGCGACAACCGGUUAAGUGAAAAAGGAAAGUGGAGGAGUAAAUGGUGUCGCGCAAUAAGUGCCCUCGGACAGUGGAUUCGCAAAAUGAGAUGUUCUGCAAGCUCGACCGGGAAGACACGCGAAUAUAAUUUCGAUCACGAUCGCAGAUCGGAGAAUCACGCCAGAUGGAAACUUUAAGAUACACAUUUAACGGAAUUGCGGAAAGAACGUCAAUUUCUUCUGCCGCGGACCUAAUGCGCUUCCGGAGCAUGAACGAGGCUGGAUUCCGGAAACGACAGGUGUGGGAGGAACACCGGGAUCGCCAGGAUGCAGGAGCGACAAGAUUCCAGGUGCACAGGAUAGAAUGAAUCGUCGGGAGGACCCGCUGUUACGGCAGCAUCGCAGCCGUUUGCUGCAAUUGGCCGAGGCGACGAACAUCAAGCCUGGCCGUGGCAGCGGGAAGAGACGCGGACAGAGACAGUCGCACGGUUUCGGGCCCAGUAACGGCGGACCCAGCCGCGUGACGCUCCAGGAUAUCGUCAGGAACGAUCCUGGAUACACGCCGAACAUCGAGCACUUAGUGUUUCCGGAGCGCAAGAGCAGCAAUCCGAAUUUGGCGGGCGUCGCCGAUGGCUCGCCGCCAAGUAAAUCCAAGUCGAAUGCGACGGGAAGAUCCAGACUCGCCGAGGUCUUCGCUCGGCAUUACGCAAGAGGGUCCUCGCAGGACUCGUCCGUUACGUCCAGAAAAAAUCACGUAAAUAGCACGUCGCUGGAUGGUGGGAGCGCGAUAGGUCAUCAGCCGGGGCCCGGCGGGCCCGCGGUGGUGACGCGGAAUGCCGGGCGCCGCUGGCUCUCGCAGAACUCGCAAUCCACGAGACAGCACUCGGCCGAGGAUGGGGUACGUGGGGGCAACGUGGGCGUCGGAGGGCCCGUUUCGACCUUGUCCUCGAGUCAGGUCCCCGGCCAGUCCGCGCCUCCCGCCCUGCCGCCGCGCAGAGUCAGUCCGGCCGCGGAUACAAGCGAGAUCGCUAACGCGGGUCCUAUCUCGCGCGUCGACAGAGGCCCGAACGUGUCGAUCCUCCAUCUCCGUAACGCGUCAGCGGACCCCUGGGAGGUCGGCUCUCAAGGCUCCUCGUACAGCGUCGGCAGCAACAAGAGUCAGACAGCGAGCGGCAGAGGGAAAUCCAGCGGGAACGCGCGUGGAUCCUACAGCCGCGGUAGUUCGAUACCAUCCCUGAAACGUCACGAUACAUCCACGUCGACCACGUCGACGUCAAGCCUCAAGCAGCAUCGCCAAGACGGCCACGGCCAGGUUUCCACCGGUUCUCGUCGACGCGAUGCCGUAAACUCUUUCCUGUCGGGCAACAGCGGCACCUCCGGCGAGCUGUUCAUCAGCGGCAAUUGCAGCCGCGAGCUCUCGCCUGUACGAUGGUGCGACCGCGAGUUCGACGGCGUUUACCUGGGCCGCUCCGGCUGGGUGCAGGUGCAGCAGCGGUCGCUCGACGAAAAUCGCCGUGCCAACUACGAGAGCAACCUGGUAACCGCGACCACCGGCACUCUGCCGAUAUCGCGACGGACGGCGGUCAAGCUGGCGGACUAUCAUUGCAACAGCGAGCCGGGCAAGUGUCCGCAGGACUUCACCAGAGGACUGGACUCGCAGCGGCCCGACUUUCUCGCUCUGCACAGCCAGGACUACGACUCCAUCACCAACAGCGCCUGCACGUCGCCGCACAGCAUCCCGGAGUCCUUCUCCCCGCCGUCGAUCACGCCGAUCAUAUCGCCGCCGCCGGCAUUCCAAGACGCCGUCACCGGCAGGAAAUCCUCCUCCUCCAGACAUUCGUCUUCCGCCGCUGUGCGCAACAACUACGGCAGCAAGGCCCCUUUCUUACCGCGUUCGAACGCCAUCGUCGAUAGCGACAUCAUCAGUCCGCCACCGUCGCCGCCACCUCACCAGGUCAACUGGAGCUCCCUGCCGUCCGCGUCUAGGAAGAAUUCCAGUCUACCGUCUUCCAGGUCGAAGAAACAGAAUGCCAGCCAGCAGCAACAGCAACAGCAGCAGUACCGCAUGGCGCAGGCCAAGUCCCUGGAGGACCAGUCAUCCUCCCGAAGAUCGCAGUUCGCGCAGAGAUAUCUCGAAUCCUCCAGCUCGUCGUCGUCGUCAAUGGGAUUCAGAAGCCUCGACAGUUGCGUCACAAAAUCCAUUAUGCCUAGUUUGGCGGAGAAUACGGAUUCUUCGGUGGAGGGAUAUGAAGAUGGCGACGAGGAUGAUAACCCUAGUUCAUCCUUAAAUCUCAGUCUGGUGUCGUCAUCAGCUCUUGCGUUGAAUUCGUCCACAGAAUCGAUUCGUGCCAACGGCGAACGAAUAUCGCCCAGGCAAGGGAGAAUCCAUAGAAGCCAACAGGGGCUCAGAAGAUCUCCCGGAUCCUCCGAGUCCGGCAAACAGAUGUUCAAUUCACCCUCCUCAUCGUCUUCUUCGUCCAGCAGCGAGGGACGACAAGGACGGUCACCCACGCCUAAUCCAUUCAGACGCGGCAAUCCCACGCGACAGCACCAGAGCGCCAGGACCAAUCAAGUGUCGCCCGAUUCUCAUCAAUCCCGAGUCAGACGAUCCAGGAGUCUCCAAUUGCCGGAGAAAAGGUCGCCGGGAACCACGGGCCCGCAGAGAGAUCACUCCCGAGAGUCGAAUGAGACGCACAGGGUCGUUGUGAAGAUUGUGAAUGAUCGGGGGAACGACAGAUCCAAGCGCCAAGUUCUUCAGAACAGAAAGACUCAAUCCACCGACGAUACCAUAAAUGAAAAUCUUUACCGCGAACCGGAGAUGGUGACUGAAUACCUGUAUGGCACGCGUAGUCGCGUCGUGCCGAGAAACAUGGUGUCAAGCCGCUAUGAACGUCGCGACGAGAGCCAAGAGCAGAGACGGGGCAACAACAUGUACGACGUCUACAUCAUAUCCUCCAAGCAGCAACAGCAGCAAUCUUCGAAAGCGUCGAAUUCCUCGCAGACUCAACAGCAGCAGACGCAGCAGUCGCAGCAGCAGCAGCAGCAGCAGCAGCAGCAACAACAGCAGCAGCAAUCAAGGCGGCCGCGGACGCUGCAGAGAGGUGCCACGACACCAAAUGCAAACGCGCCGUCUGCCAAUCAGGACUUCAGCCCGGAUACGAAACUGCGUUGCAACAGCAGCACGUGCGACUUCUGGCCCCAUUGCUCACAGAGGGAAACCCUGUACUCGCCGAAUCAGACGCCCGCGCCGGUCUUCAUGAAGCUGUCGCAGAGCUAUCCGGCGCAUCAGAGGCUCUCCACCGACGCCGGUAGCCACCGCGGAAGCGCCAGCUCCUCGCCGGCCUCCCUCGAGCGGAUGGACGAGCGGGAGCUUCGCGAGAGAGACAACUCGAGGAAGGGCAGGAGCAGUCAGCAGAGCAAGUAUCAGGAGAGACCCAAGAACAUGCUCAAGCAGGCCAACAGAUGGUCGCCGUUGGAGGGAACCAACGGGAACGGAGUGGAGAAGAGAGAUCAGAUGCACCACCGAGUGUACCGGAAACCCGAUUUCCCGGGUUCCUUCGAAGGCGCUGACAGCAAGGACAGGAGGGUGUCGCCCAUCCAAGGGAUGAACGUCGUCAGCAGAUCGCCGAGCAGCGGCCAGGUCAUCUCCUCGUCAACGACCACCUCGUCGUCCUCGAGCAGCGACAUCUGGAUUACCACGUCGGACCGCACGGUGACGAAGAGCCCGCGGAACGCGAAGAGCUCCGGCGCGUCCACGCCGUUGGAGGACGCCGUGAUUGGUUCCCUCAAGACGUUGAUAGAGCCGCCGAAGGACGGCACGCUGUCCAGGCCCGGUAGCGCGCCCACCCGCGGCGAAGACUCGCUCACGGGCGACAUCGUCCUGGAUCCUCACCAGCGAUCCUUGUCGCUGCCCAAGUCCUUCCUGGCGCACAACACGGCGAACAGCAGGUCGACAUCCUGGCAGCGUGGACAGGAUUCCCAGCGAUCCAGCCCUAGUCCCAGCAGGCUCCGUCGCGCACAGGAAGCCGCCACAUCUCACACAGCCCCCGUUUCGCCUUUGCAUGACUACAGAACGAGUGGCCACGCCGGAAGAGAGAGACGACGGAUUCCUGGUCUCAGCAAAGCUCAACGGCGGAUCAAAGCGUCCAGCACCCCAGCGCUUUUGGACAGAAACCAUGACAGUCGACAAUGGUCCGGCGACGAAGAGGACGACGGGACGAGGUCGGGCCACGUGACGACCGAGCAUCCCUUGGCCGAGGCCACGAUCCCUCUGGUCAGUCAUUCCAGGCUGCAGGAGCCGUCUUCCGUCCUGAAUGUUGCCAAUGUGCCCACCGGCGGAAGUCAGAAUGCUGCGCAUCGCGCACAGAGCCAGCAAGAGAGCGUGCUGCAGAAAUUCCGUAAGAGCUUCUCGCUGAGGUUCCACAAGAAGGGCAGUAAGGAGAGCAACGAGGAAUGCCCCGCGGAAGACAAUGACGGCACCGGGCCGUUGGACGAGGAGGAGGGCACGGAGUCGCCUUCCGUAACCACCUCCGAGCAAAGCAGCCAGCACAAAGACGAUUCUAGCAAUGAUCAGAAAUUCCGGUUCGGCCCACUCGUCUGGAGGAGCAGCAAGGAGAGGAAAAAAGGUAAUAAAGCCGCCCGAAACGCCAAGUGCAACAGCGGAGAUAGCGGCAUACAAAUCGAGAUGGUAUCUGGUGGAGCGUUGACUGGGGGCAGCGGCGGCGGAGUGAUGGGGGGUGGUGACAGCUCCGAGUCCCACGACACGGACGACGUUCCCGACGACACCGACAGCCCUCCGGCCCUUCGCAGGCGAGUUGCCGAUAAAUUGCGGCCCCAGUCCGAGCUCAUCAACCAGAUACUGAUUGACAAGUUCAAGGCGGAUUUGCAGAAUCGCACGUCGCGACACAAUCACGUGCGUCGCACGAACAGCGAUCUAGGGGGCCAGAGAUUGCUCCAAUGGGACACCAGAUCCGGAUACGUUCACAAUUACCGCAGGAUGCUGUCGACUCCGUCGCCGAUCAAGUCGAGGCCGCCCAGGCUCAGCCCGAGGCAUUCCUCCCAUGAUAUCGUUACACUCAGAAGUAACGCGAAAGGGAGGAGUUCUCGGACAAAUUUGAGGCGGUCGCUUAGCCAGCCACUGGGAAUCAAUCAGCUCUCGCCGUUGAUGCGCGCCAAAACUGCAGUAGGCGCGAGAUUACCCGGUGGCAACGUGCUAUCAGAGGACGAGCAGGAUGGAAGAGCCGGAACAUCAGAAGACGAUGAGAUGAUGUCCGAUUCCGAAUCCUCGAUCGCUUCCUUGACGGAUAAGAAGAAAUCAUUCGAGCAGACGAUGGAUGAGGAAAUCGUCAUGUUGGCCGAGGCUGUUUGGGAUCAUGUGGCAAUGGAGCCGGAGGAGCUAGCUUUUCGCGCCGGGGAUGUCAUUGACGUCCUUGAUACACUGGACAGGGAUUGGUGGUGGGGCAGCUGCAGAGGAGAGCAUGGAUGGUUCCCGGCCGCUUUUGUCAGGUUGCGCGUGAGCCAAGAGGACACGGUAGAGGAUUGCCUGGCCGCGAUGGCCUCGGGAGGGUCUUCGGGUACUCAGCUUCGAAGACGGACAAGCGUCUCCCUGCUCUCGAACGAGCAAGUGAGGGCCAGCGUGGUUCGCGAGCUCGUCCAGACCGAGCGCGACUUCGUCAAAAUCCUGCGCGACGUAGCCGAGGGUUACAUCGCCGAAUGCCGCAGGCGCACGGAUAUGUUCACCGAGGAGCAGAUCGAGACGAUCUUCAUCAACAUCGAGGAACUCCUAGACUUUCAGUCUGAAUUCCUAAAGGAUCUUGAGGACCGCAUCGACUGGAACGCGCCAUACAAAAGCUGCGUUGGCGAAUGCUUCCUCAAUCAUAGGGCGGGUUUUCGCAUGUAUUCCGAGUACUGCAACAGCCACUCGAUGGCCACGGCGACGCUGCAGGAGCUCUACCAGCACAACCGUUAUAGCAAAUUCUUCGAGGCCUGUCGACUGAUGAGGGGCCUCAUAGAGAUCCCCUUGGACGGAUAUUUAUUGACGCCCAUCCAACGAAUAUGCAAAUAUCCCCUUCAAUUGGCGGAGCUACUGAAAUAUACGAAGACCGAUCAUCCGGAUUAUCACAAGAUCCAAGAGGCCUUGGAAGCGAUGAGAGACGUCGCGGUGUUGAUCAACGAGAGAAAAAGGCGGAUGGAAAGUUUGGAGAAAUUGGCCGCAUGGCAAUUGCGCGUAGAAGGCUGGGAGGGUGAGGAUCUCAUAGAAGUUUCGUCGCAACUUAUUUAUCACGGUGAGGCGAUGAGAGUGAAGACCGGUAUGUGGACGAACAACAUUACGUUAUUCCUGUUCGAUCAUCAACUAGUCUAUUGUAAGAAGGACAUUCUCAAGCGCAACACUUACGUCUACAAAGGUCGCAUCUAUCUUGAUACCAGCGAAGUUAUUGAUGUGCCUGAUGGGAAAGAUCUUCAAUCGGGAGUGACAGUGAGGCAUUGCCUGAAGGUGUACAGCUGCGUUCGGGACAAAUGGCUGCUUUUCUGUUGCCGCACCGGGGAGGAGAAGCGGCGGUGGCUAGCGGCGAUGGCCGAAGAACGAAGGCUGGUAGCUCAGGACAGAAAUGACGGAUUGGAGUUUCCAGCUGCUGCUAGGCAACUCGCCAGGCUUGCCGCCAACAGACAGCAGAACAGACCGCCGAUCAAACCUCGCAAUAAAACCUACAAGAGGGAGUCGGCGUACGAGAUGCCCACGACAAUGGUCGGCACCACGAAUUCGUUGGGACGGAAGGUCGGGACCUGGUUCAUGUUCGGUAGCAGCAAGAAAAGCGCGCGGCUUCAACCGUCCUGAGACAGGCCUACCUUCGUACCGUAUAUUGACCUGUAAAACUGCACAGCUAACGACGCUGCAUCAUCCCUGUCGAAAUCCUGGCGCCGCGCGACACCUUUGAUAUUGAUUGCUUGCUCGAAAUUUGCUAGGAACCUUUGCGAGCAGACGUUCGAGAAUAUCUUUGUCAAUCGAUAUUCCAAUCAGGGUAAUACUGCUCGUUUUGCAACCGGUCGAAAUCGUCGAAAAUUAAUCUUUGUGGAUCGAUGAACGAACCACUGUGAUCGCUAGGAUUUCGUAGCACCGAGGAUGACAACAGCGCCUCGUCAUAUGUACGGCACGAAGGUGUUUAGAUAAUUCACAAAUGGAUUUUGUCCUACGAAGUAAUACCUCUUUCUUCUCUAAGGCAGGGAAAGUAAUCGCUAAGUCGAUUUUCAUCGACCGAUCUUGAUCAUUGUCAGUGGAGAGGAGAAACUUUCAAAUGAUUUUUACUGUCUCUCUCACGAAAGCAGACGCUUCUCUUUAUCAGAUUUCAUCGUCCAGUUUAGAUACUUGCAGACAAGAGUCGCUCAUUAUGCCUAACGAGGAUUUUCGCGAAUUCGUCUUCGAAUCGGUGCUCCCUCUAACUCUUAGACCUUAAAGCAAUGUUCGAUCAUCUUCAACGUGACGUUGUGACGGUGCUUCAGUUUAAAAAGCACUGUCCAAAGAGAGAACGUUGCGGAGAAGAAAAAUAUUUGUUACAAGCUGAGAAUGUGGUGUAUAAUCGAUCUUGUAGAUAUUUGGCGUUAACAACUAUACCGUUAAUAGUAGCGGACAUGAGGGAUAGAUUAGAGAAGUAGAGACAAUUUAGAGAAGUAGAUAGUAAAUGUAUAAAGUCAAUAGCGGGCUUCUGAAGUACUAAAGAGAAAGUACUAGUCAUUCUUCAUCGCGAAUUCUUGGUAAACGCCGAUGAAACAUGAUAUACAUAUACAUAUAUGAUGUAUUGUUACACGCGCAAUCGCUUUUUAGAUCGAAAAGCUGGCAUGGUACGUCACACGGCUGUAUUUUUUAUGAUAAUCGAAAGACUGACGACCGAGAUGCUUCCUCGGGAGGAAACCUUGAGGUUGUAACCUUGAGAGAGAAAUGCGACGGGAUCGAUUAGGAAAUCUUUGAAUCAAACGAGCCUUCGUCUAGAUUGUUUCAUUAUAUUUCUUGAGAAUAAUUUUAUCGACCAACUUUACAUACAACGAGAACUAAUCGUUUGUAAUAGCACGCUCUGCGCAAGUGUUAGCAAGUUCGAUCCACAGAAUCCACGUUGAUUGGUUUUCGCGAGGAAAUUUCUGAUCGGCCGAUUCCGCACACCACUUUUCUCUCAAUGAAAACGUAGAUGUAUUUCGUAGAGAAAAUCUCCAGCGAGCUAUAUACAAGGUAACUCUUACUGCCUAACUAAUGUUCGUUAUUUCGCAUCGUAAUCGUAAUAUUCGUAGUAAUAUUUGUACGGAAUUGUGAACGGCGGGGAGACAAGAAGAAGACGAGAGGAUGAAACGCGAGGGCGAAGGAGAGUGAAGAAAAAAUUUACGUUUACGCGGAACAACGCAGUAUUACCCACACAGAUGAAAAGAAAGAAGUGAUUAGACAAGAUAUGUAAAUACUUGCAUAUCACGCCUCUUUAUUCGACUGCGAUACAAAGCGUCAAGCUUUUUUAAAAAAAGAAAAGACGAAAAAAGGAAGGAAGAAAGAGGAAAAGGGAGACGAUCGAGAGAAUCUCUCUCUCUCAAGUUUUUCUACUCUUGUACAGAAAGAUGCAUGAAGACUUAGCAACGAGAAAAAAUAAUAUUUGUCAGCUAGGAGAAGAACUUCUGUUAAUAAUAUGUGCAUAUUAUCUAUGCGGUCCCUUGACAAAAUGUUCGAUCUUGCAGUUUUAGCGACUUAAUCACGGAUUCUGAAAGUUUCCAACACUGCCAAUAUAAGUUUAAAGAAAUACGUCUUCGUUCGUUAAAAUUGUUUAAUCCAAUGGAGUCUUCAAUGGCGAGAGAGAACGGUGUGUAUCUUCGAUUUUUUUCUCUUUCUAUAUAUAUAUACAUAUGAGGGACAAACGCGAUUAUUUUGUCUUUUUUUAUAUUUGUGUUCAAAGGGAUGUAACAGUACAGGCGAGGCGACAUUUACGUUUUGUAUAACGCAAAAAGGUAUAUUUUUACUUAUUUCCCGACAGCGUAAUUUACUAUAUACGACGAGGACAAUAUAAAGAUAAAAGAAUGGAUCAAGAUUCCUACUGUACAGAGAGAUCAUUAGCCUGUUGAUGUUUAGACUUAGGAGAGGCGCAAUUUGUUGCUGGACCCAACUCAUUUCAGAGUUAUUUUUAUAGGAGAAAUGACUCAUUGGUUCGAAUGUGAUUUUUCUUAUAAGUACCGCUAUUAUACAUGGACUGCUUUAAUGGCCAACUGUGUAAGAAUAUAAAAGUAUAAGGAAGAGGCGUAACUUGUUAAGGAUAAGUAGCGAGGGGAUCCCGAGCAACACUGAGGCGUUUCUAAAAAGCGUUCCCUCAGUGGAACGUCUUCUGAACAAGUUUUACAGACAUUUUUUGAUGACAUUCGUGUUGUCUGCGGGACACGAUAUCGCAUAAUGCACAAGUAAGCACAACACAUUUUCAUGAACAAUUUAACGAAAACUGUACUUGCACUCUCACGACGGAGAAGUAAUCGAAAAUUCGUAUCUCGCGAGCUCUCAUGUAUUGGCAGGUGAAUUACAUAUCUAAUGGCACGCGUACUAAUUAAUUUAUAUCUUGGAGAAUACUACUCCCCCUCCCCCUUUUUUCAGAAACUGUUAUUCUUUCAGAAACCGUCAUAUAAGCAGAAUCUGCACAAAACUUGAGAAAAAGUGCUUCAAAGCAAUAAGUAUUAAACUAAGCGUUAUUGUUAUGAUAAUUUAGAUUGUUACGUAUAUAUAACGCGUUUGAAAGCGCAUUUAUAUUUUCUCUGAGAUUUGAUAUCGAUAACCGUGUGCGUACACUCCGACGGUGAAGUAAGCAGAGCUCAUUUUUUUCUCUUCCGUAGCGAGAUUGCGCUGCUCUAAACGACGCAAGAAAAAAAAAGCACAGAUAAAGCAUGAUAUCGCUGUUUUCUGUACAUAUAUAGGCGUAUUUUGUAAGUGUAAAUACCGUAGACCUACUCUCUUGUUAGAGGAAAUAACACUUCAACACAUUUUGUAGCGAUUAAGUGAAACCUACUGUUAAACAAUAUAUAUAUAUAUAUAUAUCUGACGUUCGUAUAGUUCAUUAUUGAUUAAACGGUGAUAUCAUUUUUG